UUAUAACAAUGUCGGACAACAAUUCAAUCAAUGUAUCUGAAAAUUCUGAAGGUUAUGUAAGAGAGGAGCCAAGGGAAAAUUUGGAGGAUGUUAAUUAUAACCGUGGUGUCAGUGGUGAUGAAACUUUGGAAGAUCAAGUCGAGCAUUCACGUCUUCAAGAUGGCCAUCAGCCAAAUUCUCAAUCAGUUAGUGAUGAUGAAGAAGAUAUGGUCAAAUUUGAUAACAAUGACCUCAACUACGAUGAUUAUGACGAUUAUGAAAGCGAGGCUAGGGAAAGAGUUGAAAGCAACAAUUCGAGCGUUCAUUUACAACAUUCAGAGGAUUUGAAAGAAAACGAGGGCGAGGAAGCUGAUGAUGUCCAAAAAGAUCAAAAAUACGAAAAGAGGACGGCUGUGAAUAACGAUUUUGAAGAGAAUGAAGCUGGGGAAUUGCCCGAUGAUGAUGAUGGCAUUGAAAAGCAAAAAGAAAUUAAAAAUAAAAAGGCAGUUGAAGAAUUAGAAGAAGGCGAACUUGAGGAUGAGGACGAUGAAGAGGAAAUUGAAGAGAAAAGUUCUUCGCCUCCACUUAUGGUCAGCUCUUCACAGUCCAGUAUUUGUUUACCUUCCUUAGUUUCAAGUCUAAAUGCAGCUCAACCGAUAGAAUUGCCUUUGCCUAUAGUUGAACCUAUUCAAACAUUUAAACCUAGGGAAGUUUGUCGUUUCUAUCUUCGGGGGAUUUGCAAGAAUGGCGAAGCAUGUCGUUUUAAACAUUGUACACAGUCAAUAGUGCAGCGACCUCGUAUCCAAAUUGUUUCAACCUCAUCUUCUUCAACUUUAAUUACAGGCGGUGGAAAAGUACCAAUUUAUUACAACAACAAACUGUCAAAUUUAACAAGCAUUCCUCCGCCAAUUGGCCCUCCUAUUUCUUUACUCUCAACCGUUUUUUCUCCACCGCCAAGCGCUUCUUUGCUCACACGUCAACCUCCGCCGCCGCCACCUGCGGCUCCUCCACCUCCUUCCAGUACCGAAAGUGUUGCCUGGAUGGAAGGACUUAAAAAAGCUCGUGAAUUGGCUCGUCGUCAAAAAGGUGGAGAAAUUCUUCCAAUGGAAUCAAACCAAACAAUUGAUGACAAUGAUGAUCAAAGCAGUCUAAGUCCGCCUUUAGCCUGUUUGUCGCCGAACCCAAGUCAAACUGAUGAUUCUUAUUAUGUUACUUCGUCAGAUUUAAACAAGCCAAUGAAUUUCAUUCAAAAUCGCCGUACAAUCCCUGCACGUGUUGUUGUUGAAGCGGUUUCUGUUGUUUCUCGUGCAAAAGAUUUGCCUUCUAUAACGUCAACAAGGUCUCAAUCAAAGUCUAAUAUUCCUUCACUAAUGGACUCAAUGAUUGAACAUUCAACGACAGGAUCGAUAUCUUUAAGCAAAUUGCAAAAAGGCCAACAACGUCAAGUAUUAAUUACUGGUUCAAAUAGCAGUUAUUCCGAUCCAUGGGCCAGAUCUUCAUCAAAUUCAGUCGUUAAAAGAAGUGACGGGAAAAUAAUGAAAAGCCGUACUGAAAUGGUUGUUAAUGUUGCUGAACGUCCAAGUAGAAGACGUCGCCGUAGCUCUUCUUCAAAUUCAUCUUCGGACCAUUCCUCCCAACGCCAUGUUUCCCACAAACGUUCUAGCCGAAGAUCUGAUGAAGAUAGACAUCAUAAAGAAGCUGAACGUGAAAGAGAAAAUAAAUUGAAGCGACAUAGUUCUGAACAACAUAGUGAUUCUUUUAAUGAUAUAACUUCGCCUGAUGUGAAAAAAUCAAAGAAAGCUCAUAGCAGUAGUCGGAGAGAUGCUUCUGUUGGUUCUUCUGUGUCUUCCGCAUCAUUUAAGGAUUAUGACAAGAGAGAAAUUCAAUCAUCUGUUAUUAAUACAACGAAAAGGAACAGCAGAUCCUCUUCAAACGAUUCUUCUGAUACAUUUGCUUCUCUUUCUCGUGAAUCGCAUGCAACACUUGGCGCUUUACUCACCCAUAAAACUUCUGCUACUUAUUCUCCAAAAAAUAGAUUUAAAGGGCCGAGAACACCACCAAUGAAUGAAAGACCUGAAAGUAAAAAUUCUUCUUCGGGAUAUGAUGAUUAUGGAAAUAGAAAAAUUUCUGUUGAAAGUGGUCUUUCUUUUGGAUCAAACGAACGGUUUAAUUUUUUAUUUUUGAUUAUUCUUUGGGACUUUUUGGAUAUGCCGCCCCUAUGUUUGAGUAUCAGGGUUUUUUUACAAAAUGCUCGGACGUCUUCCUUUUUCUAUUCCACUCCAUUUCCCUCUGCCAUAUUCAGAUGGGAGAUUUAA